AUGGCGUCGCAAAGUCCCAGAACGUACAAUGACGCCAUCGACGCCCUUAACUCCCUGCAGACCCCGUACGCCAUCGUCGAGGCCCGCCGGAAGGCUGGUAUUCGACCCGAUGCUACCUCGAUUGCUGAAAUGCAGGUCUACCUGCAGCGCAUCGGCUACGCGCUCUCCGACCUCGAUCGGCUGAACAUCGUACACGUCGCGGGGACAAAGGGCAAGGGCAGCACCUGCGCUUUCGCCGCAUCGAUACUCUCGCAGUACCAAAAAUCGCACGGCGCGCCCCGCAAGAUCGGAUUGUUCACUAGUCCGCACUUAAUCGCCGUCCGGGAACGGAUGAAGAUUAACGGCGCCUCGGUCAGCGAGGAUGCGUUCGCGCGCUACUUCUUCGAGGUUUGGGAUAAGCUGGGAGAAGCGGAGACGAGCGAGGGCCCAAAGAUCCUGGACCCGAGAUUGGGUAUCCCGAUGCCUUCGAGACCGGUAUAUUCGCGGUAUCUGACGCUGAUGAGCUAUCAUUUGUUUCUUCAAGAGGGCAUUGAUGUCGCUGUAUAUGAGACCGGGAUUGGCGGCGAGUUCGACGCUACGAAUAUCGUGGAACACCCCGUCGCUUCUGGUAUCAGCACACUCGGUAUAGACCACGUUUUUGCGCUCGGGGAAACGGUGGAGAAGAUUGCUUGGCAUAAGGCUGGGAUUAUGAAAAAGGGAAGCGCCGCUUUCACGAUUGAGCAGGUGCCUGGAGCUGCGCAGGUCCUGCAGGAUAGAGCUAAAGAGAAGGGGAUGGUUCUGAAGGUCCUCGAUGUCGAUCCGAGAUUAAAGGGUGUCAAUGUUCGACCGGAUGCCCUUUUCCAGAAGAAGAACGCUAGCUUGGGGAUAGCUCUCGCCGAGGCGGCAUUGAAGAAAAUCGACCAUAGCUUUACACCGGAUCCGUCUGUGUUAAGUAAAGAGUUCGUCGAUGGGAUCGAGCAGGUUGUGUGGAGAGGGAGGUGUGAGGUUAAGGUCGAGGAAUCCGUGAUAUGGCAUGUUGACGGCGCGCAUACUGUCGAUAGCCUGAAAAUGGCAACGAGAUGGUUUGCGGGCGAAUGUGCGAAUAAGACGGGCCCGAAAGUCUUGAUUUUCAAUCAACAGGGGCGGGACGAGGCUGUCAACUUCCUUGAGGGCAUGUUAUCGACACUCAAAGCCCAAGGACAAGGAGUCUUCGAGCAUGUUGUGUUCUGUUCGAAUGUGACGUAUGCCGCCACGGGUUACAAGCGAGACUUUGUAAACCACCAAUACGAUCCUGUAGCCAUCAAGGCUCUCACCGCACAGCAUUCCUUCGCAGAGAAAUGGUCUUCUCUAGACCCAUCAGCAAAGGUCGUUGUUAUACCAACAAUCGAAGAGGCAAUAAACCACGUUAGGGACCUCAGCAAGACAUCUUUAAGCGAAGGGGAGACAGUCCAGGCUUUCAUCACAGGUAGCUUGCAUCUGGUGGGAGGUGCUUUAGGUAUACUAGAGGGUGCAGAUUCCUUAUAA